AUGUCAGCAUUGAAAUCACCAAAGAUCGUUGAAGACGUGAGACUCAACAACAAUGGAGAAGUAAAGUUGAAGGAUGUCACCAACGAAGUAAAGUCGAGACAAAAAAUUACCAAAAACGAUGUGACCAAAGCACCACCCAGUACAGUUCGAACCGUCAACAUCUUUACCAUAUUGGUCCAACUUGUACACCGUUUUUUCACUGUUGGAUUGAUUGCGCAGGGAGCUUCAGCUACUAGCUUGGUCAUGUACUACAUCAAUCAUUUGAUUCUUCUCAAUUUGUUCUUUACCAUUGCCAUUUACAAAAACAUAUUGUUUAUGUACCGCAAAAUAUAUUUGAAAUUUCUUACUUUGACAUACUAUCCAAAUAAGUCACCACAAGUGAUCAGAGAUGAUGUUAACCAGUUGUCAAAGAUUCCCAAGUCUGUGUCUUGCAUCUUGGAUUUGAAAGAUGAUGACGAUGAAAACGGCGGGAAAGAUGGAUUGUACAAUCAAAUAAGUGAAUUGGCUGCUUGGAAUGUCAGUGCCGGCAUCACUAGAUUGGUAAUUUACGAGUACACCGGGUCUAUAAACCAAAGUAGCGAUUCGCUUAUUGAUUUAAGUAAAGUCAUUACUCGGAAUUUGAUUUCUUAUUUUGGAUCGGAAGCAAUCCCUACAUUUUCAUUAAAGAUCCCUCAUAAAAAUUUGAUCUUGUAUAGUGACGAAUCUGUUAGUCUAUCAUCUACUGAAGCACCAAGAGACACGUCAGUUGAUUUGGAGAUUGAUUUGCUAAGCAGAGUUGACGGAAAGCCAACUAUUGUUGAAUUAACCAAAACAAUGAGCGAGUUGGCAGUAAACAAGGAAUUGUCGGUGAAUGAUAUAACCAUUGAAUUGAUUGACGAGGAGUUAGCCGAGUUGGUUGGACCAGAACCUGACUUGUUGAUUUCGUUUGCACCUUCAUUAAACUUGGAAGAUUACCCCCCUUGGCACAUCAGAUUGACUGAAAUUUACUGGGAACCUGAGAAUAAGGAAGUCAACUAUGCCGUUUUCAUUCGUGCUUUGAAGCAAUUUGCUCAAUGUAAAGUGAAUGCAGGUAAGUGA